AUGGGUACUAGUCUUAAUGGUAUUGCUGCUCCUAUCAAAGAUAACAGAUCAGAAGACGACCGACUGGCAUUAAUUUCUUUUAAGAAUGGAAUUACUGGAGAUCCACUUGGAACAUUGAGUUCCUGGAACGACAAGAAUACUUCAGUCCACUUCUGCGAGUGGCAGGGUGUUACAUGCAGUCGUAGUCAUCCUAGUAGAGUGGCCGUGAUUGAUCUUGAUUCCCAAGGAUUGGUAGGUUCCAUUUCUCCCCAAAUUGGAAACCUUAGCUUUCUUAAGGAUCUCUUCCUCGGAAACAACAGUUUAAAUGGUAAAAUCCCACUGCAGAUUGAUCGUCUUUUUCGGUUAAAAUGCUUGAAUCUUUCAAGUAAUUCCUUGGAAGGAGAAAUUCCGCACAAUAUUUCUCGUUGCUCCGAUUUCAUAUACCUUGUCCUUACUCAUAACAAGUUUGUGGGGAGAAUUCCAAAUGAAUUAGGUUACUUUUCUAAUCUCAUAUAUCUGCAGCUUUAUAAUAAUAAUCUUUCGGAAAAGAUCCCAACUUCAUUAGGUAACCUUUCAUCAUCUCUUGAGUUUCUUGAUCUCAGCUAUAACUUCUUGGAAGGAAGAAUUCCAAGCACUCUUAGUCAACUAACAAGCUUAAACUAUCUGGGUCUGGAAUCGAAUAAGUUAUCAGGUACUUUCCCUUCUUCGCUCUAUAAUAUUUCAUCACUUGAAGACUUCUCAAUAAUGGAUAAUCAACUCCAUGGGAGUAUUUCUUUUGAUAUUGGUUUCACACUUCCAAAUCUCUGGUAUUUCUCGGUUGCGAGCAACAAUUUCACUGGAACCAUUCCAAGUUCAUUUUCCAAUUUGUCUAAACUUGAGAUUUCGCAACUGCAAGAUAAUAAUUUAGUUGGAUCAGUCCCUGAUAACCUUGGUAACUUAAAAAAUCUUGAACGGUUAUAUCUAGGAGGAAAUAAACUUGGAAGUGGAGAAGCUGAUGAUCAAGACUUUCUCACUUAG